AUGAAAUACUUGUAUGAAUAUUUUAAAAAUUACGAAUACAUUAAAAAUGAAAUUAAAUGUGAGAAUGGACAUAGGCAUAAAUUCGUUCAAUACCUUAAAAAUAUUAGCAUAUUAUAUAAUAAGCACAAAGAAGAAGAAGAAUGUUGUUCCUGGGAUUGUGACGAAUCUUAUGACCCCAAAGAACUUUUAUCUGCAUUAGAAUCCGAUGAAAUAACAUGUAACAAUAUAAAAAGUAAAGCUGGAAUAGAAAAAACUACAGAAGUUACUUUAGGGGAUGCUAAAUCAGAAAACAACAUGUAUAUUAAAUAUAUGUUAUGUUCUUAUGUCACUGAUCCUAUUUUUAAAAAGAAAAGCUUAAGAUGCCAACAGCCCGCAUUUAGUCCACACUUAAACGACAAAUAUUCAACUGUAGGGCCUGUAAAUAUGGAAAAUACCGAUGUGUCAAAAUUAAAAGGUAAAGAAUUAACUUUCAGCGGAAAUUCAGUAAAAGUAUUUUUAAUAUCUAAUCCAAAACUAAGAAUAACAGGACAAACAGGAAAUGAUACUGCUCCAGCAACUUCAGAAUUUACGACCGGAGAACAUUACACACUUUUUCCAGAAGUCACGGGGGAUGCUCGUAAAUAUUAUCUCAAAGAAGCAGAAACGGCUUGUAUCAAUAGAAAACCGGGAGAGGAAAUGCCAGAAUACUGUAAAAGGUCCAAACAGUAUAGAGACAUGAUAAAUCGAGUAAAUUUAGUACCUGAAAAACCUAUUGAGGAAAUGGACGGGCAAAAUGUGGAUGAUAAUGUUUCUGUUGUGCAUUUUUCACACCCAAAUGAGAUAUUAAAAAUCUUCCCUUUCGUACUGGAGUAG